UGUGGGAGCGUCAACAUUUUUCUACAAGGACUGUGGAGAUACAACUAAAGGAUCAGAGGAGUUGAAGUGGAAUCUUUUGUUGGAUAUUCCACCAAGGGUCAUUUUGGAGACGCUUCACUCAAGAGUUUUGUGAGGGCGGGUGAUCUUAAGAUCUAAUUCGGAUUCAUUUACAUCACAAAGCUUUCUGUGUUUUGACUUGAGCUUUAAGAUUAAAAUACUUAGCACAUGAGGUGUUAUUAGUACUUAUUAGCACAUUUUCAUUCAUAGAGACAGUCAUAGUUAGGAAAUCGUAGUCAUGGCCCAUGCUGCUGCCCACUUGAAGAAGGCGCGAGAGCUCGAGCUUCAUCCAGAGUACAAGGCGCUGCAGAAAGCCAGAGAGAGGCGGCGGCGCCAGCGGGAGAGGGCUGAGCGAAAGCGGCAGUCGGACAGCAACACCAGUUUCCUGCGUGCCGCCAGAGCUGGAAACAUCGAUAAAGUCCUUGAGUUCUUGAAAAAUGGAGUUGACAUUAGCACCUGCAACCAGAAUGGUUUGAAUGCCUUGCAUUUGGCGGCCAAAGAGGGACACCAGGACCUCGUGGACGAAUUGUUGGAGAGAGGAGCGCCUGUUGACUCAUCCACGAAGAAAGGAAACACCGCCCUUCACAUUGCCUCGCUGGCUGGGCAAAAAGAGGUGGUCCGGCUUCUGGUGAAGAGAGGAGCUGAUGUGAACUCGCAGUCUCAGAAUGGCUUCACGCCGCUCUAUAUGGCCGCACAGGAGAAUCACUUGGAGGUUGUAAGAUAUUUGCUGGAAAAUGAUGGAAACCAGAGUAUAGCAACAGAGGAUGGCUUUACCCCACUUGCCAUCGCACUCCAGCAGGGUCACAACGCAGUGGUGUCCCUGCUGCUGGAGCACGACACUAAAGGCAAAGUGCGCCUGCCCGCCUUGCACAUCGCGGCCCGCAAGGACGACACCAAGUCAGCCGCACUGCUGCUCCAGAACGACCACAACGCUGACGUUCAGUCCAAGAUGAUGGUCAAUAGAACCACCGAGAGUGGUUUCACCCCUCUGCACAUCGCCGCUCACUAUGGCAACGUGAAUGUCUCCACCCUGUUGCUGAACAGAGGAGCCGCUGUGGACUUCACAGCCAGGAAUGGAAUAACACCUCUGCAUGUGGCCUCAAAGAGAGGCAACACCAACAUGGUGCUCCUGCUGUUGGACCGAGGCGCUCAGAUCGACGCUAAAACCAGGGAUGGGCUUACGCCUCUGCACUGCGCAGCCAGGAGUGGACACGACCCAGCAGUGGAGCUACUGCUGGAAAAAGGAGCACCCAUUUUAGCCAGAACCAAGAAUGGAUUGUCCCCACUGCACAUGUCAGCCCAGGGCGACCAUGUGGAAUGUGUGAAGCUGCUGCUCCAGGACAAGGCUCCGGUUGAUGAUGUCACACUGGAUUACCUCACAGCGCUGCACGUCGCGGCUCACUGCGGCCACUACAGGGUCACCAAGCUGCUGCUCGAUAAGAAGGCCAAUCCCAAUGCCAGAGCGCUAAAUGGAUUCACUCCCCUACACAUUGCUUGUAAAAAGAAUCGUGUGAAAGUGAUGGAGUUGUUGGUGAAAUAUGGAGCAUCCAUCCAAGCCAUUACUGAGUCUGGUUUGACUCCCAUCCAUGUCGCUGCCUUCAUGGGCCACCUCAACAUUGUUCUACUUCUCCUGCAGAAUGGAGCCUCUCCUGAUGUCCGCAACAUUCGUGGCGAGACAGCUCUACACAUGGCAGCCCGAGCAGGGCAGAUGGAGGUGGUGCGCUGUUUGCUGCGAAACGGAGCGCUGGUGGAUGCCAUGGCCAGAGAGGAUCAGACUCCCCUUCACAUUGCAUCCCGAUUAGGAAAAACCGACAUUGUCCAGCUGCUCUUACAACACAUGGCCCACCCGGACGCCGCCACCAUCAACGGUUACACCCCGCUUCACAUUUCAGCCAGGGAGGGCCAAGUGGAGACAGCCGCCGUGCUCCUGGAGGCCGGAGCCUCGCACUCCAUGGCCACCAAGAAAGGAUUUACUCCAUUACACGUCGCCGCUAAAUACGGAAGCCUUGAAGUGGCAAAACUACUACUACAACGCAAAGCUCUUCCUGAUGAUGCAGGCAAGAAUGGACUAACACCGCUCCAUGUAGCAGCUCAUUAUGACAACCAAGAGGUAGCGCUGCUGCUGCUGGACAAAGGAGCCUCACCUCACGCCACCGCAAAGAAUGGCUACACCCCCCUUCACAUCGCGGCCAAAAAGAACCAGACUAACAUUGCGCGAGCACUGCUGGAGUACGGUGCAGAAACCAAUGUUCUAACCAAGCAGGGAGUCAGUCCUCUUCACCUGGCUGCACAGGAGGGGCAUGCUGAGAUGGCCAGUUUGCUACUGGGCAAAGGAGCUCACAUCAACACAGCCACCAAGAGUGGACUGACUCCUCUGCAUCUCACGGCACAAGAGGACAGGGUCAGUGCUGCAGAAGUAUUAGCCAAACAUGAUGUCAACCUGGACCAGCAAACGAAGCUUGGCUAUACACCUCUAAUAGUAGCCUGUCACUACGGAAACGCCAAGAUGGUCAACUUCCUGUUACAGCAAGGUGCGAGUGUCAACGCCAAAACCAAGAAUGGAUACACACCUCUCCACCAGGCGGCCCAACAAGGAAACACACACAUAAUCAAUAUUUUACUGCAGCAUGGGGCCAAACCAAGUGCUACUACAGUGAACGGAAACACUGCUUUAUCCAUUGCCAGGCGUCUGGGUUACAUCUCGGUGGUAGACACACUGAAAGUGGUCACUGAGGAAGUCAUCACGACCACAACGACGGUCACAGAGAAACACAAACUCAACGUCCCAGAAACCAUGACGGAAAUCCUUGAUGUGUCUGAUGAAGAAGCUCUCGGCCUUGAAGAUGAUCCUUGCUCUGAGAUGUCUCUCGAGCUGGAAGGCGAGGACACUAUGACGGGUGAUGGAGGCGAGUACCUGAGAGCAGAGGAUCUGCGAGAGCUUGGCGAUGACUCUCUACCAGGACACUACUUGGAAAGCUUCAGCUACAUGAGCCACAACCUGGACAGACCUCAGCACCAAAGCUUCCAUCAGAGAGACGGUGUUCUCAUUGAGGACAUGAUUACCAGCCAUCAAGUGUCAGCGCUGUCACGGGAACAAGACAAGGACUCGUUCCGCCUGAGCUGGGGGGCUGAGCACCUUGAUAAUGUGGUGUUGUCCUCCAGUCUGCUGCACUCUGGCCAUUCGUCUCCUUGCCUAGACCAUGACAAUAGCAGCUUUCUGGUCAGUUUCAUGGUAGACGCAAGAGGCGGUGCCAUGCGAGGCUGCCGUCAUAAUGGCCUAAGAAUCAUCGUGCCGCCUAGGAAGUGUUCUGCCCCUACGAGGGUGACAUGCAGGCUGGUAAAAAGACACCGUCUGGCCUCCAUGCCCCCGAUGGUUGAAGGUGAGGGGCUGGCUGGUCGCAUCAUUGAAGUGGGACCCACUGGAGCCCAGUUUCUGGGUAAGCUUCACCUUCCCACAGCUCCGCCCCCUCUGAAUGAGGGCGAGAGCCUGGUCAGUCGCAUCCUACAACUGGGUCCUCCAGGAACCAAGUUCCUCGGUCCCGUGAUUGUGGAGAUCCCGCAUUUUGCUGCUCUGAGGGGCACUGAGAGGGAGUUGGUCAUCUUGAGGAGUGAAACGGGAGAAAACUGGAGGGAGCACCACUGCGAUUUCACUGAAGAGGAGCUGAACCAGAUACUGAAUGGAAUGGAUGAAAAACUGGAUUCUCCUGAGGAGCUUGAGAAGAAAAGAAUCUGCCGCAUCAUCACGCGAGACUUUCCACAGUAUUUUGCUGUGGUGUCGAGAAUCAAACAGGACAGCCAUCUGAUCGGUCCAGAGGGCGGUGUCCUCAGUAGCACCCUUGUUCCUCAGGUACAGGCUGUCUUUCCUGAGGGAGCCCUGACCAAAAAGAUCAGAGUUGGGCUACAGGCUCAACCCAUCGAAGUUGAUGUGGUGAGAAAAAUCCUUGGCAACAAGGCCACAUUCAGUCCAAUUGUCACAUUGGAACCAAGAAGAAGGAAGUUCCACAAACCAAUCACCAUGACAAUCCCGAUUCCCAAAAGCUCAAACAAUGAAGGAGUCGGAUCUGUGUACAGCGGGGAAACACCAACCCUACGUUUGCUUUGUAGUAUUACGGGCGGGACAACACCUGCGCAAUGGGAAGACAUCACCGGCUCUACACCUCUUACCUUUGUUAAUCAGUGUGUUUCCUUCACGACCAAUGUGUCAGCAAGAUUCUGGCUUAUUGACUGCCGACAAGUCCAGGAUUCUGUUAGUUUUGGCUCUCAGUUGUACAGAGAGAUCAUUUGUGUCCCAUACAUGGCCAAGUUUGUCAUCUUUGCCAAGACCUUGGAUCCCAUUGAAGCACGACUUCGCUGUUUCUGCAUGACUGAUGACAAAAUGGACAAGACGCUGGAGCAGCAAGAGAACUUCACAGAAGUUGCACGAAGCCGGGAUGUUGAGGUCCUGGAAGGAAAACCCAUAUUUGCUGACUGUUUUGGAAACCUGGUGCCGCUAACCAAGAGUGGGCAGCAUCAUGUCUUCAGCUUCUUUGCCUUCAAAGAGAACAGACUAGCCCUGUUCAUUAAAAUUAGGGACACGGCACAGGAGCCAUGCGGUCGGCUUUCCUUCACGAAAGAACCACGCACAUACCGCAGUUUGAACCAUAAUGCGAUCUGCAACCUUAACAUAACUCUCCCAACAUAUUCCAAGGAGUCUGAUUCUGAGCAAGACAUGGAUGACGAGAGUGAGAAGAGUGACAAGAAAUUGGAUUGGCAAGAUGAUGCUGACAGGAAAGAGGAGACAUUAGCUAUCAUUGCAGAUCUCCUUGGCUUCAGCUGGACUGAGCUGGCAAGGGAACUGGAAUUCAAUGAGGAUGAAAUCCAAUUAGUUAGAACACAGAAUCCCAAUUCACUUCAAGAACAGAGUCAUGCCUUACUUCAACAUUGGGUUGAACGGGAAGGCAAACAUGCCACAGAAGAUUGCCUGAUUAAGAGACUGACCAAGAUCAACCGGAUGGAUAUUGUUCAUCUAAUUGAAACACAGAUGAACAAGUCACUCCAAGAACAAACCUCAAGAACAUAUGCAGAGAUUGAGAAGACAUUGGACCAUAGUGAAGUGUCAGUGGCUCUAUCUUCAGUACAAGAAGAUGUGGACAGCCCCAGGAUUGUGAGAAGGGUGGAAUCAGAUCGCAAACCUCCCCCAGCUGUUUCUGAAGAAGACCUCUCUGUAGCUUCUCUCCUUGACAUUCCUUCAUGGGCGGAGCCUGCCGGACAUAUCCACUCGGAGAGUAUACAUGGUGACCUUUUGGAGGAAAUCGAGAUCUCCCAUGAACUCAACCCUAACCUGUGGACAUUAGAUGAUGUAAUUUCACAUGAACGUACACGCUAUGUCAACUUGGAAGAGCAAGUAAGUACGCUCCCCAUCAAAAAAGAAGCUGCAAUGAAGAGCAAAACAACCCGAGUUUAUGAUGUCAAAUACAAAGGGAAAGACCAUCAAAUUCCCUGCAAUAUUGAAGUACAUGUCUCCAAGUCUUUUCAUGGUAGUGGUCAGUGCCAAGUCAAAGAGAUAUGCUGCCAAAACAUCUCUGGGACAUUUGCUGCUAAAGAGGAUAAGGGGUCACCUGAAACUUUGAAGUUGCCAUCAUCUGGAUCAAUGAGUGACAUUAGUCUGAUCUUAUCUGAGUCAGACCAAGCUGAGACUGACUUUGAAGAGAUUAAUGAAUACUAUAUUUCCCAUACUGGAAUAAAUAAUAAUUUCCCUCUAAAUUAUUCCAAGGAGAAGUUGAGAGGAACCUCUGGUUCUACAAUGUUUGCUUCAGCAAAGGGUCACCAAGCAACUCUCGCGAUAACUGAAGAAACCACAGAUAUAGACAGAAAAAGUCAAGUCUUACAGUGUGUUGAUGAACACACAGCCCAAGUCUUCAAAGAUCAGCCCAAGAGCCCACAGGAUCCUAAUGUGAACAUGCGCUAUGAUCCAUUUACAUCAAGCAAUGAAAAUACAAAAACCCAAGUUAAUAAUACUGGCUUCCAGGAUAACAUGUUCUUCAUUGAUGAUGGUGAUGAUGAUGAUCUCCAGACAGUGGAAUCCACUCUACACGCUACAGCCAAGUACCAUCAAAUGGAUAAAAACACUCAUAUGGCCUGUAACUCAACUGAGAGCUCUGGUAUUUGUUGUUCAAUCAGUCCAGACAGUGAGAAAUACAGAACAAAGACUGUCUCUUCCAGUCUUUAUCUGCCAACCUAUGCCCGACAGACAUCUGAUAAUGAAUCAUUGUCGUCCAUGUCCAUAGAUGAUGAGACUUGUGUUGAUGAAAAAAGUUUCUCACCAACAGAAUUUUGGACAUUAAGUGGCACUUUACCUAGACUUUCAUCACCUGAUUCGGUCAUGUCUAUCAGUGAUUACAGGGCAAUGUCUCCUGACUCUCCCCUCAGCAAAAGGAAGGGUUUUAGGGCAGACCUUCCCAUCAUGGAUGUUAGUUGGGCACUCUUUUCAGGAGCAGAUAAAUAUACUUCACCUGAAAUUACUGAAAAUAACACAGACCCCAAUCCUUCAGAUGUGUGUGAUAGUAGACUGCAAUUUGGUGGAAUCGAAAAACCUGCAAAGAACCUUGACUCUGGAGAUGCAAAGGACACUCCACUUUUACCUGACAGUCUACUUAUUCAGCGAGUAAUUCCAAGUUUGACUUCAAAAAUUUUGCCUUUUGAGCAUUUGCAUGAAGUAACUUCUUUAAAUAAAAAGGCUUUGCCAGAUUUAGGCACAAAUAGUCAUGAAUAUGAGUCGUCAGAUAUGGAUUACCGUCCCUUUUCACCACAAUCUCAGACAUCUCAUUGCAGUUUCUCAUUCCUUGAGCUCUUGCUCUCUGAACCAACACGCUCCCAACUGAUGAGUCAGUAUUGUGAUUAUUUUUUACAGUACUCAGGGGCUACUCCAACCUUACCCCAAAUGACACAAAAACAGACAAAACUGGGCAAGGUGAGCACUUUGGAAACAAAAUUGCCCUCUAAUCAAAAUUUUCCGCAAGGUUACAAAAUGUCAAAUGCUUAUCCGUUAUCACGUGUGUCACAGUCAACACACAAAACUGAUCUCCAGUAUAACACAAAUGAGCCUUCAUCACAUGAUGAGAACAAUCUCAAUUUAGAAGAGCCUGAAUCACUACAAUGGGAUGUAACAGUUGAUACAGGGUGGAUAGACAAUGUAAAUGAAAAAGAAAUGUCAGUUCAAAGCACUACUCAAGUCCUAGAGGUAAAGAAAGAAAGUAAGGAAUCAUUUCUUGAUUAUUGGUUUUCGAAGUUGGCACCUCAACAUUCUGUCUUACGACCAUCAACAAAUGACUCUGAUCGUAGUAUAACACAUUUAAGAAUAAAUACAACAGGAAACAAUCAAAUUAAAGAUCACAUAGACUGUAGUCGGAUAAAAGAAUCAACAGAAAAUAUUUAUCCAGAACACCAAUUUUACAGACCAUCUGUAGAGACCACAUGCAGUUUACCAGAAAAACAAGUACAUAAACCUGUUAUCUUCAACUUUGUAGAAAGACCAAAAUACACAUUAGAGUUUCCAAAAGAUAAAACAAGAAACGUAUGCAAAGGCAAGGCUUCCUACGGAGAUGAUUUGGUCCAAAACAACGGGCAAGAAAAAAUGGCAUUCUCUACAAAAGUUGGAGUAUCAAUGACAAAUUGUCCUCUAUAUUCUGAAUUGAUUGAACAGGAAAAACAAAAAUCUUGUCACUUUUUCUACAACAACCCUGAAAAUACACUACAAUCAAGAAACAUACAGUCAGAUAUUUGUUUUGAACAGAGUUUUGAAAACAGCGGACCAAAAAUACAUGAUUCCUGUUCAGAAAAAGUGGCUGGACAAAGCCAUGUUAUUGUGAACAAACCUUUGCCAUAUGAACAAGUUAAGUAUGGCAUUACAAAUAAAAAUAAAGCAGAUGCCAUGUAUAAAGCAAAGAUUUUUGAGUCAAGGCCUAUUUCAGUACUUUCUGACUCCGCCACAGCUGACAUGGCAAUGGAAGUGAGACCAUGUUCACCAGAGUCUAUAGUGUCUCACUGUGAACUCAGGGCUCUUUCUCCUGACUCGCCUGUUCCUCAUUUUGACAUUGCCCAAAUUGAAAAUUAUGACCAAUGCUUCAAGCAACGGUCGUACUCACCGCAAUCGAGUGUUUCAGAUUGGGAAGGUCAUGAUUGGGGUCUCCCUAACCUUUUUGAUGAGACCAGACCACUAUCACCACAAUCUGUUUCAUCAGACAUGGAGCUCGAUCUCUUAUCUAGCAGCAGGGCGUUGUCUCCAGAUUCUGUUUCUUCAGAUCUAGACACGUCCCUGCUGCGGGAUUGGCUCUUGGACUUUAGAGCAUCCUCCCCAAAUUCUGCAGCAUCAGUUGAGAAAUUUUCCUUCAGUCCAGAGAUGAUG